CGCGGAGCAUCUCCGAAAGAAAGGUAUGAGAGCGGAAGUGCUCUGAGCCGCCCCGCAACCACUCCCUACUAUCACUACCACAACCACCGCCUCUUCGCGGAUUAUCAUCACAAGUUCACAACAAACCAACACCACGCACACCCCCGACACCACAUGCUCCAACCGCAACAAUGCUCCUCGUGCACACCACCGGCAGCACUCGAAUCGGCGAGGUGCGCCGGUACACAAUAACGUACACGCCGUCGUCUGACCGGCUGCUGCCAUUGCCUGCCGCGCUGCACCUACGGAUCAAGAACACCGCGCCGCUGCCGUUCCGCGCCGCGUACCUGCACGGCCCGUACACGCUGUACGUGUCCGUGCGGCGCCAGGAGUUCGAGCCGUGGACGAGCAGUACGCCCGGCACCAGGGAGCGCGACGAGGAGCUGCAGGGAGAGCGCGAUAGGGGCCAGGGGAAGCAGGAGGGCGGGAUUCCGGUCUACGAUCCGCACCUCAAAGCCGGCGCCUCGUUCUACGCGACGCUGCCGAUCCCGCCAGAGCUGAUCGAGGACUCGAUGCGGAUAUUCCGCGAAUCGGGCGCGCCAGAUGCUCCCGGCUGUCGGAAGGGGUACGAACACGGCGGGCGCAUGAGUCUGGACGGGAAACGCACGUUCUCGCGCGAUCCGAAGCGACGCCGCAGCGUCACGUGGAUCAUCGAGGUCAUCAGUCAGGUGAUCUUCUCGACGACGGCGACGGUCGGCUACGAGAUACUGCUCGGGAGAGACGAGAAGUGCCUCAGCUUUGCGUAUCCGCUUGGCAGCGGGAAUACUACGCCGCGGCCCGGGAGCUCGGGAAGUGAUGGUACGGGAGCAGAGAAUGGCGUGUUGUCUCGUGCGGUGCAAGUGAAGUUGCAGGGGACGAAGGAGCUAUGGGAGACACCUGCGUUUCCGAGUUGGCAGGAGGGGCUGACGAGGGAGGAGAUGGCGAGGGAUCCAGAGGAGCAGGAUGAGGCGCGGGAGAGAAGGAGAAAGCAGAAAGUGAAGAGAAAGACGAAGGAUGUGCAUUUGGUUAUUCUCACACAUGGUUUGCAUAGUAAUACCGGUGCGGAUAUGCUAUUUUUGAAGGAGUCGAUCGAUGAGGAGGAGAGGAAGGCGACACUGAUGCGGAGGAAGCUCGUCGAGGAGGGCAAGAUGUCUGCCGCCGAGGAGGAGAAUGCCGAGCAGGUGAUUGUGCGCGGGUUCCACGACAACAGCUGUCGCACCGAACGAGGGAUCAAGUAUCUCGGGAAGAGACUCGCGAGAUUCGUCCUCCACACCGCACGUCCAAACCAUCCUCCGCUGCCGCAAUCGGGCCGCAAUAAGUUGCACAAACCGAGGAAGCCGCAUCAUCACCCGCAUCUGACUCCCGAAGCAAGGGAUAACGGACUGCCAGGGCUGAACGACGGGGCUGGGGAUGUACCACCGUACAAGAUUACAAGUAUUUCAUUUAUCGGCCAUUCCCUCGGAGGCCUGGUGCAGACGUAUGCGAUUGCUUACAUCCACGCACACUCGCCCACCUUCUUUCAAGAGAUCAAACCGGUCAAUUUUGUCGCGCUUGCAACACCAUUUUUAGGAUUGUCCAACGAGAACCCGCUCUACGUUCGGUUCGCACUCGACUUUGGGCUGGUGGGAAAGACUGGACAAGAUUUGGGCCUGAAGUGGAGGGCUCCCGGCGCGUUUGCGGCGUUUGGUGGCAAUGGGACAGCAUCCAAGUCUGCGGGUGGUGAUGGAAGUUCUAAGCCUCUUCUCAGAAUCCUGCCCACGGGACCGGCGCACGAAGUUCUCAAGAUGUUCCGUAAUCGGACGGUGUACGCAAAUGUUGUCAACGACGGAAUCGUUCCACUCCGCACUAGUUGCUUGCUAUUCCUAGAUUGGAAGGGACUCGGCAGGGUUGACAAGGCGAGGAGAGAGAAUGGUCCUGUCGGUGGCCUGGUUGAGUGGGGCUGGGGCCAACUCGUGAGUACCAGUACGGCAACCUCUGCGAGUAAACCACUGCCGCCGACGGGAUUUGGGUUUCCGGGUGGGUUUGGGAAUACAUUUUGGAGCAAGAGUGGAGACUCGGCCACUUCUUCGACAGUGGUGCCGCCUACCAUCGUCGCUCACGGCACUGCAGAGGAGCCAGCGGCCCAGCGACUUAUAGAAAACAAUCCGGUUACUGAAGCACCGCUCACCAAUGAGCCCUCGGCGAGGGAGCGCAGCCAGCAACAGCAGCUCACCAUUUCUGCACCACCCUCCCAACCCUCAUCUCCCAGCAUCAAACCCACGCCCAAUCCGUUCAGUGCAUUCAUGACUCUCCUUCGCCCACACGCUGGCACUAAGUCCAAACCGGCAGGAAAGAUCUACCACCGCUCCCAGACCCACUCCACUGUGUCUUCGGCCGAAUCAUCAUCCGCAGAUUUGGCCCUCUCCUCGCCCAGCGACGAGCCCACCACUCUCGAAGCGCCGCCCAAAACCUCCAUCUUGGAAGCCGCGGGCGACGUCCUCAACCCACCCCUCCCCAGCACCGAAUUCCUGAUCGACCCCGGCUCGCGCCCACAAACAAUCUUCCACGACCGCGUCUACCACGCGGACGAAAUCCCGCCGCUGCCCGCCUCCAAACGCAGCACCGGCCUCGCCAACAUAUCCACAGCGGCCAGCAACAUUCCCGUGGAAGAAAAGAUCGCGCGUGCCUACCACAAAGGCAUGUCGUGGCGCAAAGUCCUUGUGCGGCUCGAGCCCGACGCGCACAACAACAUGGUGGUCCGGCGCAUGUUCGCCAACGCCUACGGCUGGCCGGUAAUCCAGCACCUGGUCGAAACGCACUUCGGCAUGAGCUACGAAGCGGUCACCCCGGACGCCUUCGAGGGCCGCCAGGAGCGCGCAGAUACCCCCGAGGGACUUACCGAGGCCACCUCCCCGACCGUCGCGAAAGCGCCCCCGGACACCCCGACCCGCCGCCGCAGCGACACUGUCGAUACUGCUUCGUGGACGUCGGACGCGUUCAACAUCUCGGACGACGACGUGUCGACGACCGACUCCGAGGAGGACGCGAACGCGGAGGAAACACUGCAGGCGUUCCUGGGUCUGCCCCCUACGCCGCAGAAGCAGCAGCUCGAGCGCGGGACUACAGAGGUCUCCAAGGUCUCUGCCGAAGCUGCGGCGGCGGGUGGCGUCGGCACCGGUGGAACUGUGGGCUUGGGACUAAGGAAUCUCAGCUUUGGAAGCGGUCCUGGCGGGGGCUGGGGAGAACGCAGGAGGAGCGGCGAGAGCGAGAGGCGCAGCGAGGCUGUUAAGAUGCUGGAGCGCUGUAGUAGUACUACUACCGUGAGACAGGCGCAGAAGACUAGUAUUGGGAGUUCCGGCGGUAGUCCGGCGAGUGGCAGCGGUGGGGAGGUGUGGAGGGAGGGCGAGAGGGAGGGGCUGCUUGAGGGGGAACACGAGGAACGGGAGGAACGUGGGGAGGAAAGGGGCACGAAAAGUAAUGAUACCGUUAGGCAGGUGAGAAGGAUCAGUGCCGUUGGCGGGCCGGCGAGUGGGAAUGGGACGCAUGUCGAGGCGGAGAGCGAGGGGUUGUUGGCGGGGCAGGAGCAAGUAGAAGAGGGGUUAUUGGCGGGACAGGAACAGGAAGAGGAACAGGCGGAGGAGCGUGUACAAAGCACUGUGACGGGCACGGAAUAGCGAUGAUGUGCGGAGGAGUUGCAUAUAUUGGUGUUUUUUUGAGCGGCUUUUUCUCUAUAUCAUCUUGCUUGGUCUUGUGUGUUGAGGAUAGUAUGGAUGUCUGUAUGCAUACCUAGAAUGGGAUUUGAGGGUUAUAUCAGUCACUAGGUCGGGGUGGAAUCUGGACGCGAAUCGAAAAUUGUAAUAGUAAGGCGGC